AUGACUAAAAAGCUUUCUCCUUUCAAUUUUACAAAGGCUGUCAUGCGGUCCUUCAUGGCCGAAUCGGGCCUGGAACCCAGACUCCUGCAGAAUCGAAACCGACUCCAAACCAUACAUGGAGGAACUAUAGCUAGUCUCGUCGAUCUCGGGGGAUCCCUGGCAGUUGCUUCUACUGGACGAUUCGCAACAGGCGUAUCAACCGACUUAAAUGUCACCUAUCUCAGCCCCGGAGGCCGACCAGGAGAUAUCCUUAAGGGAACGGCUAUCUGUGAAAAGAUCGGAAAGACGCUCGCGUACACAACCGUACAGUUUUACAAUAGCAAGGGCCAGCUCGCUGCGAGAGGAAGUCAUACCAAAUUUGUUUCGGGAACUUUGGGUCCGGAUGGGGCUUUUGUAGCCCCCGCGCAGUGGGCGGAUGAGGUUGAUUAG